AUGUAUCGCGCUGUGUUUGUGUUUUUGAGUUUUGUGCUUGGGGCUCUCAGCUAUGUUCCACCACCGCUUCUAGUCAACUUCACCGUGGAAGGUGACGUUGCCCUCGGCGGGAUGGUCCCGUUCCACUUUGGUCCAGCCUGCAGGGGUUCCCUAGGACGGACUUCGGUGGAAGUUGCCGAGACAAUUAUCUUUGCUAUACGCCAAGUGAACGAGCGAUCGGACCUACUGCCGAACGUCACGUUGGGGUUUGACAUCAGGGAGACUUGCUACGACGAGGACAUGACGUUGCUGUCCGUUCUUUCUCUUCUGAGCGGCUACUCCCACGACGACCCUGUCUUUGAGGUGACUGGGCAAGGUCGGCCAUCGCCUGCUGGUAACUUGGUGGGUAUCAUCGGCACAGCGAACAGUGCUACGAGCCUCGCAGCAGCCAAAGCCACCAACCUGUACGACGUGCCGAUGAUCUCCUACUCUGCCACCAGUGAUGAGCUCAGCGACAAAAACCGUUUUCCCUACUUUCUGCGUAGCGUGCCCCCAGACAGGUUUCAAGCCCAGGCAAUUAUGGAUAUCCUAGUCCACUACAAAUGGAUCUACGUCGGCUUGAUCUAUUCACUGGAUACCUACGGAAUCCUGGGGACACAAGAGGUACUGACACUGGCGGACAGAGAAGGCGUCUGCGUCGCGUUUUCUAUUGCGGUGAGAAAGCACGCCGCCCCAUCCGAAAUCGAGGAAAUUGCCGAGAAAAUCGCUUCCCACGACCGCGCGAGGGUUCUGGUGAUGUUUGGUGAGUUUAAGGGUAUGUACGAAGCUUUGCAGAAAUUUCAUGACGAAUACCCCUACGAGAGACGGACACUACUCUGCAGUGACGCCUUUGGCCAAGAUUUACAUCAGUACACUUUCGUGAGUAUGAUCCAAAGCAGUAUUAAAGUGCAACUCGAUUUCCAGAAAAUUCCCGGAAUCCAGGAGUACUUCCGUGAGGUGUCGCAGCAGAGCUGGCUUGGUCCAUGGUUCACUGCCUUCAGAGAUAACUGGAUAUCGGCCGAAAACUGCUCAGACAUCUCUGCCUGUCCAAUCUUAUUCACGGGAACGUGGAUGCCCAUUUACAAAUCGGUGUAUGCUUUUGCCCACGCCUUGGACAACAUGCUGCAUGACUUAUGUCCUGAAAUGACAAUUGAAUGUACUGCUCUGGCCGUCCGUAAUGUCACUGGCAUGGACAUGGUACCAUAUCUGCGCGGCGUUGUCUUUCAAGCACCGGACGGGACGUUCCAGUUCGAUCCGAACGGGGACCCGGCUGGCGCGUAUCUCCUCAGCUCAGUGAGUGUCGACUCGCAAGGUAAGAUACAAUGGAACCAGAUCGGAGAAUGGGACUCUCAUCUCAAGCCGCACGCCCUGUCGAUGGACGACACGGCGAUCAUGUUGUUGGGAUUCCCAUCCGGGCCCCCGACCUCGGUGUGUCGAGACCGAUGUCGGUCAGGCUUUAUCGAGGUCCCGGAGAAGAGGAAGUGUUGCUGGGGUUGUCGUCAAUGCGCUCCCAAUGAGAAAGUGCUCGAAAACGAGUGCGUGGCCUGUCCCAGCUACUAUUGGCCAAGUGAGGACUUCACGACGUGCCAGGACAUUGUUCCAACUACCAUCGAUCUCCAAAGUCCAACCAUACUGGUCCUGCUGGCCUUGUGUGGCGUAGGGAUCUUCUUCGUCCUAACUAGCCUGACCGGCAUGUUCAUCUACCGCAACCACCCUCUGAUCAAGGCCACGGGACGCGAGGUCAGUCUGGUCACCCUUCUCGGGACCCUUCUGGCCUACGUGACCGUCUUUCCGUUCUUAAGUUAUCCAACCGAGGCGUCAUGUGGCAUUUGCGAGGCCAUGGUCUCCCUGUGCUUCACGCUGACCUACGCACCCACCCUGCUCAAAGUCAACCGAAUUUGCCGCAUCUUCCAGGCCGGGAAAAAGUCCACACGACCCCCUCGUCUGGUCCGGCCGAAAGAGCAAGUACUUCUGGUCGUGCUGCUGACUACAGCCCAGAUUCCACAACUACAUGGAAUCUUCUGUCUGUUCCAGAGUGGCUUUAUUGCCUCCUGUGUCUACAACCUGCUGCUGAUCCUGGCCUGCUGUUACUACGCCUUCAAGACCCGCAAGGUGCCAAGCAACUACAACGAGUCCAAGUUCAUUGCGGUCAGCGUCUACUCCACGCUGGUGCUGUGCCUGGCCGCCGUGCCCGUCUACACCACGGCCACCAUCGUCCUGCAGAAGGUGGCCACUCUCUGCAUGGCCGUGCUGCUCAACGCUUACCUGACGCUGGUCUGCGUUUACCUGCCCAAGCUCUACGCCGCCCGCUUCGUCAAGGAUGUGGUCCUGCUCCGUUGCAGCAACUCGUCCACUGGGGACGCCCCCACCAGAGUCCACCCGUUACACCUGCACAGUUCGCUGGGCGAGCAGAGCCACGGGCUGCCAUCCGUGGAAUAAUCAUUCAGUUUGGGGCCGGAAAAGCAAAACCUUGCGAAUACAGGCCAAAUUUGGUUGAGAUUGGUGUUAAUAAUUCAUCACAAGUUCCACAAUCAUCCCCGUCCCAGUCACCUGAGGUCCCGUCUCCAAAAGGGACCUUCACUUUUAAUUUCAAGAACCGGUUAAUUGAAGUCUAUGCCACACUAAACUUAAUCUACAAUUGAUAAUCUUGUUCAAAAAUGUUGCAUGAAUUCCACAGUCACAUAACUAUACGCUUUUAGGCUUUUAUGUACACAUGCAGAGCACAGUGUAGAUGCAUAUAUUGCACAAUGGUACUGUGUACACAUACACGCAUGGUGAUAGAAUGUGGUUGUAAGGUUUGGGCAGUAUUGAUUCGUAGAGUGUUUAAUCGAUUAUCUUGAUGCCUUGGUCAUCAGAGGGUAGCAAUAAAGGAAAUUUGCAAGCUGACUACAGGUCAAUCAGUCCGUCCUUAACCAGGAGUUCGUAUGCCACCCUGCUGAUGCCAAAGCCCCGCCCCACCGGAGUGGAAGGGC